CCCCCGGGGAGGUCGGCGGCGGCGCCGCAGUCGUGGAGGGGCACUGGGAUCGUAGGCGGCCGCGGGCGACGCAAGUUCCGCACGGAGCCCGUCUCUUCUCGCCUCACGCUUCUUCCUCUCUCCUAGUUGCGCGCUGCCUCCCGACGGCCGCUCUUCCUGACGAGAGCUUUCGGAGUGCGGUUGCUGAGGAGAAGCCGUCACCACCCCGCCUCGGGGCCGAGUGAGGGUUCCUGUCGCGCCGCGUCGCCCCCUGCGCCGCCUCCUUGCCCUCAGUGGCGGGCGCCCUUCUCGCUGGAAGCACUCCCCCCAGCUCCAUGAAUGGAAAUCGGCUCCGCAGGACCCGUUGGGGCCCAGCCCCUACUCAUGGUGCCCAGAAGACCUGGCUAUGGCACCAUGGGCAAACCCAUUAAAUUGCUGGCUAACUGUUUUCAAGUUGAAAUUCCAAAGAUCGAUGUCUACCUCUAUGAGGUAGAUAUUAAACCAGACAAGUGUCCUAGGAGAGUGAACAGGGAGGUGGUUGACUCAAUGGUUCAGCAUUUUAAAGUAACUAUAUUUGGGGACCGUAGACCAGUUUAUGAUGGAAAAAGAAGCCUUUACACAGCCAAUCCACUUCCUGUGGCAACUACAGGGGUAGAUUUAGAUGUUACUUUACCUGGGGAAGGUGGAAAAGAUCGACCUUUCAAGGUGUCAAUCAAAUUUGUCUCUCGGGUGAGUUGGCACCUACUACAUGAAGUACUGACAGGACGGACCUUGCCAGAGCCACUGGAAUUAGACAAGCCAAUCAGCACUAAUCCUGUCCAUGCCGUUGAUGUGGUGCUACGACAUCUGCCCUCCAUGAAAUAUACGCCUGUGGGGCGUUCCUUUUUCUCAGCUCCAGAAGGAUAUGACCACCCUCUGGGAGGGGGCAGGGAAGUUUGGUUUGGAUUCCAUCAGUCUGUUCGGCCUGCCAUGUGGAAAAUGAUGCUUAAUAUUGAUGUUUCUGCCACUGCCUUCUACAAAGCACAACCUGUAAUUCAGUUCAUGUGUGAAGUUCUUGACAUUCAUAAUAUUGAUGAGCAGCCAAGACCUCUGACUGAUUCUCAUCGGGUAAAAUUCACCAAAGAGAUAAAAGGUCUGAAGGUUGAAGUGACUCAUUGUGGAACAAUGAGACGGAAAUACCGUGUUUGUAAUGUAACAAGAAGGCCUGCCAGUCAUCAAACCUUUCCUUUACAGUUAGAAAAUGGCCAAACUGUGGAGAGAACAGUAGCACAGUAUUUCAGAGAAAAGUAUACUCUUCAGCUGAAGUACCCACACCUUCCCUGUCUGCAAGUGGGGCAGGAGCAGAAACAUACCUAUCUGCCACUAGAAGUCUGUAAUAUUGUGGCAGGGCAACGAUGUAUCAAGAAGCUAACGGACAAUCAAACCUCCACUAUGAUCAAAGCAACAGCAAGAUCUGCACCAGAUAGACAAGAGGAAAUUAGCAGAUUGGUAAGAAGUGCAAAUUAUGAAACAGAUCCAUUUGUUCAGGAGUUUCAAUUUAAAGUUCGGGAUGAAAUGGCCCAUGUAACCGGACGUGUACUUCCAGCACCUAUGCUCCAGUAUGGUGGCCGGAAUCGGACAGUAGCAACACCAAGCCACGGAGUAUGGGACAUGCGAGGGAAACAGUUCCACACAGGAGUUGAAAUCAAAAUGUGGGCUAUAGCUUGUUUUGCCACACAGAGGCAGUGCAGAGAAGAAAUAUUGAAGGGUUUCACGGACCAGCUGCGUAAGAUUUCUAAAGAUGCAGGGAUGCCCAUCCAGGGCCAGCCUUGCUUCUGCAAAUAUGCGCAGGGGGCAGACAGCGUGGAGCCCAUGUUCCGGCAUCUCAAGAACACGUACUCUGGGCUACAGCUCAUUAUCGUCAUCCUGCCAGGGAAGACACCAGUGUAUGCGGAGGUGAAACGUGUUGGAGAUACACUUUUGGGUAUGGCUACACAGUGUGUUCAAGUCAAGAAUGUAAUAAAAACAUCCCCUCAAACUCUCUCAAACCUGUGCCUAAAGAUAAAUGUUAAACUUGGAGGGAUCAAUAAUAUUCUUGUACCUCAUCAAAGACCUUCUGUGUUCCAGCAACCAGUGAUCUUUUUGGGAGCAGAUGUCACUCAUCCACCAGCUGGUGAUGGGAAGAAGCCUUCUAUUGCUGCUGUUGUAGGUAGUAUGGAUGCCCACCCAAGCAGAUACUGUGCUACAGUAAGAGUUCAGAGACCCCGACAGGAGAUCAUCCAGGACCUUGCCUCCAUGGUCCGAGAACUUCUCAUUCAGUUUUAUAAGUCAACUCGGUUCAAACCUACUCGUAUCAUCUUUUAUCGGGAUGGUGUUUCAGAGGGGCAGUUUAGGCAGGUAUUAUAUUAUGAACUACUAGCAAUUCGAGAAGCCUGCAUCAGUUUGGAGAAAGACUAUCAACCUGGAAUAACUUACAUUGUAGUUCAGAAGAGACAUCACACUCGAUUAUUUUGUGCUGAUAGGACUGAAAGGGUUGGAAGAAGUGGCAAUAUCCCAGCUGGAACAACAGUUGAUACAGAUAUUACACACCCAUAUGAGUUUGAUUUUUACCUCUGUAGCCAUGCUGGAAUACAGGGUACCAGCCGUCCUUCACACUAUCAUGUUUUAUGGGAUGAUAACUGCUUUACUGCAGAUGAACUUCAACUGCUAACUUACCAGCUCUGCCACACUUAUGUGCGCUGUACACGAUCUGUUUCUAUACCUGCACCAGCGUAUUAUGCUCACCUGGUAGCAUUUAGAGCCAGAUAUCAUCUUGUGGACAAAGAACAUGACAGUGCUGAAGGAAGUCACGUUUCAGGACAGAGCAAUGGACGAGAUCCACAAGCUCUUGCCAAGGCUGUACAGAUUCACCAAGAUACCUUACGCACAAUGUACUUUGCUUAAAAAGUCUAAGAAUAUUCUCUGAGAGGAAGAACUGGAAGAUGAAUCAACAUACAACUUAUGUUUCCAGUGGAGUCAGCUGAGUGGGGAUGCCUCCAGCCAUACAGAAACCAACACUGUGUGGGGGCCAGGGUCUGAUCUUUAUGUUGAUACAAGGAAGAUUGUUUACUUCAUCAAGGAACACAGCACCAUUAUGCAAUAUGAAACCAGCCAACUGCUUUUUUGUGCGGUCUCCUGUAGGAAGUAUCGCGAUCGUUUUGUUUUCACUUUCUUGUAGUCUAACCCUUUUAAUGCCUUUACCUCAAGUUGCUUGGCAGCACAACUCUUUGCAAAAAAAAAAAGUAAAGAAAAAGUAAAUGAUGGUUUUUUA